AAAAUAACCCAUUUCGCUCGUUAGGGUUUAAGUGCGAGAGCUAGACAAAGUGAAGCGACGAAGAACAGCUAAAACCCAGAACACAGACUCUUCUUCUUCAAACAACAUCAUCAUCAUCAAUGGCCGACGAUGAUAAUGAUAUGGGUGAUAUGGGAUACGAGGAUGAACCAGUUGAGGAUAUUAUGGAAGGAGAAGAAGAGGAGGUUGAGAAUAACAAUGAGGAUGAGGCUGCUGAGCAAGUGGUGUUAGAAGGUGAAGAGAAAGAGGAAGCUGAACCAGUUAAAAAAGAUAGAAAGACGUCUAAGUUUAUGACUAAGUAUGAACGAGCAAGAAUUCUUGGUACGCGCGCUCUGCAGAUUAGUAUGAAUGCACCAGUGAUGGUUGAGCUGGAGGGAGAGACUGACCCACUUGAGAUUGCCAUGAAGGAACUCCGGGCGCGCAAAAUACCUUUCACCAUCCGUCGCUACUUGCCUGAUGGAAGUUACGAAGAUUGGGGAGUCGAUGAGCUGAUCGUCGAAGAUUCUUGGAAGAGACAAGUUGGUGGUGAAUGAUCAUUCAAUAAAUCUGGUGCUGUCCCGUCACACUCUGGCAGCAAUAUGUUUGGUUCUCUUGGUCUGCUUGUCUCUAGAUAACUACGGGGUCCUUUAAACAUGUUGCAACUUUGGUUUUGGGUUGUAUAAAGAAGGUUGUAAUGGGACUGAUUGUCGGUCGGAUGUUAGAAUUUGUACUAUGUUUGCUUUUCCUUUCCUUGAAUGUAAUUAAACCAGGUGUGUUCUUCCAGUUUAAAACUUCAGUGAUGUUGAACUAAUAAUAGGUGUUGGUUUGAUGAAUUUGAAGAUGAUUUUCAGUUUUUCUUA